AUGGCAGACCACAGCAGACCUCAGCCAUCGUCAUCGUCGGCGUCGACCUCCAGCCAACCUCUCCACCACAGCUACGCCUCGCCCGCCGCCCCGCCCCAGCACCAGCCACCCAGCCGCCGCCGCGCCUCGCAAUCGUCGGAUGAAGGCCGCCGUUCCCUGAAGUCGUCGUCUAGCAUCUCUGGCCCCCGCCGUUCCAGCAUCAAGGCUCCCAGCCCCCACCGCGACGGCUCGUCCCGCGACAACGUUGAAGCUUCCUCGUCCACUGCCGCCGCCAUGCAACGCUCAGCCAGCCCGUCGGAGCUGCCGACCAAGUACACCAAGACUGGUCGCAUCUCCAAAGCAAAGAAGGGCCUCAAGGUCCACCUGUGUGAAUCGUGCGGAAAGUCGUACACUCGGGCCGAGCACUUGAGGAGACACCAGCAGAACCACAGCGAGUCCACCCUGCAGUGCGACUGGCCCGGCUGCGGAAAGACAUUCCACAGAACCGACCUGCUCGAGCGCCACCGCGAGCGACACCAGGAUCCGACCCAGGAUGACGAAACCCGCCGCAGCUCCGUCACGAGCCACAACUCGACCGCCUCUGCCGGCAUCGUCGCCGCGAACCCGUCUGCACCGCAGUCCGUCGCUCGCGUCGAGGCGCCCAUCUACCCGGUGGCCUCGGACUCGGCUGUGCCCCCUUCAACUUCAAGUGCGCAAAACAUGAAGCAGUUCCACCACAAUGCUCCCUACGCGAGAGCCCCCAUCGGCGUCGAGGACGUGAUUGGCACAGGCUCCAUGUUCGACAACUACAGGUGGAGCCCCCCUCCGGAGUAUCCUGUGCCCAGCAGUGACUACGCUUCUCCCGGCCACAUCACCACCCAAUAUCCUGCCGACUUCGGAUACGUCCCACACCCGUACCCCGCCUAUCGCCCUCGCACGCUCUCGAACGCAUCUUUCAUCGACUCUUGGGCGCAGCCAACGGCGCCGCGCUCUCCGGCGUCUACCGCGUCGACGCAGCCCUUUUACUGGCUUGACGUGGACCGUGCCGACCAGCAGCACACGUCUUUCUCGGGCAGUUCUGGCGUCGCUUCUUAUGCCACCUCCGAUACGUCCAUCUACAACUACGCAGCCGACCACCACCAAAUGCAUCCGUCAUACUUCUCCACGAGCACAACCGCGUCUUACCGGUCUUUUGACGACCUCGACAGCGAAGAGUACCGUCUGUUGUUCCCACCACAACCGCUCGGUAUUCCGUCUAUUGACCGUCAGCAGAUGACUGAACACCUCGACAAUUACUGGCAGGCUUUCCACCCGCACUUCCCGAUAAAGCACCGCCCGACCUUUGACCUCGCCACGGAAAAACCGCUGUGUCUGGCUGCCAUGAUCGCGGUUGGCGCCCAGUAUUCCAGUGUCGUUGGCGCAAGGGCGGAGAGCAGGGCGUUGCACGAGAAAUGCCUGAAAGCCUUGGCGAAGCGCGAACACGUACGUCUGCCAACAGACGCUCGCAUUUGCGACAUGCAAGCCGUGUUCCUUGUCGAGCUGCUUUCUCAGUUCCGCGGCAAACGCGCAUCGAACAGCCUCUCCGCUACUUUCCAAGGCAUGUUCCGCAAGCUUGCUGCCGAUCACGCUUCUCACCCGACCGCCUCAGUCGAUAGCCUCGUGCCGCUUCCACCGCAUUCAGACGACUUGACCCUGUCCCGCCAAUGGACCGCCUGGAUCGGCGCUUCAGAAAAGACGCGCCUGCUGACAGCAUGCGCCAUCCUCGAAGCACAAGCGGCAACCCUGCUCAUUCGCCAAGUCGCCGACUCCACGGUGCCGGGCCUCCGACUUCCUACUCCAGCACCCCUGUCCGCUUGGGACGCCACUCAGUGGGCUUGGCGAAAGAUGCUGCCGCAACUUAGCAGCUUAUUUCCUAAAAAGGCAGGCGCACCGUCUGCCGCCGGCCCUACUGACGGAAAAUGCCAUGACGAGUUCCAGGCCGCUCAAGCGGUUUGGACACACACCAGCCGUGAUGGCGCACUCGGGCGCUUGGACUCUUGCAACACGUGCAGCAUGGCAGUACGUUUGAGCAUCCACGGUAUUCGUAUCGCAUCAUCAACCCCUCUUCGCGCCCUCCUUGCCGUCGCAGGUGAAACAUGGGUAUUCAGCGAAAAGGUCCGGAGCGACGAGCAUGCUGCAGCUAAGGAUACGGUCAAGCAAUGGACCAGUAGCCUCGACAAUUCCCCAGUUGUCGACCGCCCGCAGCAAGCGCGCAAUGCCUUGCGGGAAGCGCUUAUGGCUCUUCGCCUUGCCGCCGAUACUAGCAUCGUCGACGCAAGUUCAGCCCUGUCAUUUGGCGCCGAGCUUGUCCUCUUCUAUGCCUCACUGGUCCUUUGGGCCGCUGUGGCUGCAGCGUCUGCCCCACGCAUUCCUUUCAGCCUUACUUCUCCCAUCCCUUCCAACCACCAGCACCAAGAUGCCCACGACGCCGUGCGUGCUGCCCAGGCCUUCCUCUCCAAUGAGGCGGCGUGCUUUGCCGAUACAAUCGACAAGUCGCUGUUGCAAACUUGGUGCAAAGGCGCCGAGUCUGUCCUUCAUUGGGUCUGCGAGGCUCUGAGUGGCUCCGAGGCGCCCGGUGAGCUGGUUGGUGGGUGUGUCCGGGUGAUUGAAGGUUUGAAGCGGAAGGGGUGGGCAGUCGCUUGGUUCUGA